AUGAUCAAGGCUGGAAUUGAUGAUCCAUUGGAAUUCUCAUUGGUACUGUAUCAGUUGUUGAAUUUGGAGAUGGCAUUUAAGGUGAAGUGGCAGCCGCGAUGGAACAAUUUCUAUGUUGUGAGUAUCCUUAGGGAUGAGCCUUUUAUCAGGCAGCUUAAGGCUCCAUGGGACAUAGACGAGGAUAAGGAAGUUGUUGUUGGCCCCUCCAUAACAUCUGAUCCUUUGCAGGUUAAGGAGAGUGUCGAUGAGGCCAAAACAGGUGCGCCCAAAGAUUGUGUAAAGGAAAUGGAUCUCGAGAUCACCUCUAAGUAUAACCCGGAUCCAACGACGCCUAUUGGUAAAAGAGACUUUCAUGGGGGGUCAAGUGAAUCAACAACCUCGAAGGAAUUCUGUGAUGGACAACUAUCUUCUAACAAGCUUAGGAAGACAAUCAAGUUGAAGAAGAAUGACUAG